GGAGGGAAAGGAAGGAGAGGAGAGGAGAGGAGAGGAGAGGGGAGGAGUAAAGAAGGUUCCGUUGCAGUGAUGGAGAUGGAAAUUGAACGACUCUCCAAAUCAUUGUCGAGCUGAGAAUCAGAAACGGUAAGCAGACGGAAGGAUCAGUUCAUGCCGGUCUUCGAGCAUGAAUGUCUCCGAGACAUAGCCGCCAUGGUUGACGGUUUUUCUGCCCCAUCUAGCUUCCGUGGGUGUUGAGCUGGGGUUGAUGUGUGAUGCCGAGAUCGGUCGGAGCUUUUCUUCAAAGAAGAGCUGUGGACGGUGCCUCUCUUCCAAGGCUCGGUCCGUUUCUGUUAGUUGGGCUCCAGUGCCUUGCUUUGCUGCUGUGUUCUUAUACCGGUUAUGGCGAUAGUAACGGAGGAGGUGCGGUUACACAUAGGUUUCUAGGUGAUCAAAUGUGUGGGCAUGAGGUUGAGCCACGGCUGGCUAACAUACCCUUUGCUCUGCCCAAUUUUGAUGUUUGUCCUAUCUUCCAUGAGAGGGCUCCAUAUUGUGUAGGGCCUCGGUCAGAAAUUUGUGACAUUCAAGUAGAGUCCAAAGGGGAACUCCAAGAUCAUUUUGCAAGUACCAAAGAGCAGGGUGAGGGAGAGAGAAAGGGUGAUAGGAUAUCACGUGAUAGACCACCGAAACUCGAUGAGUUUAAAUAUAAAGCAAUCAAUCCUAGAGAAAAGUCGGUGCCUGGCCAAAAUGUAAGCAUCAUGCACAGAGUGGAGCCCAGCGGGGUGGAAUACAACUAUGCAUCUGCCUCGAAGGGAGCUAAGGUCUUGGCUUAUAACAAAGAGGCGAAAGGCACUUCAAAUAUUUUGGGUAAGGAUAUGGACAAGUACCUUCGGAAUCCAUGCUCAGCUGAGGUUAAAUUCGUGAUUAUAGAACUAUCUGAAGAAACUCUUGUCUGUACAAUUGAGAUAGCAAAUUUUGAGCACCAUUCUUCCAACCUGAAGGAUUUUGAGGUACUGGGCAAUCUGAUUUAUCCGACUGAGAAUUGGGUGAAGCUUGGACAUUUCACUGCUAAAAAGGUGAAACAAUCACAGAGGUUUACACUUAAGGAGCCAAAGUGGGCGAGGUAUCUGAAAUUAGAUUUACUUAGCCACUAUGGUUCAGAGUUUUACUGUACCCUAAGCACAGUAAAAGUUUAUGGAAUCGAUGCAGUUGAACACAUGUUGGAGGAUUUGAUUUCUGUUCAAGAUCAUGCGUUUCACCCUGAGGAAUCGGUGGAAGAAACAAGAUCAACUUUGCCACAGCCAAUGGCCCCCCAAACUGAUCGACCCCAUCAGGAUCAUGUUUCUGAAGGUUACUCUGAACCAGUAUCUGACGAUAAGCAGAAACAGGAGGCUGACCACGUGAGUCAAUCUGGUGAUCAGACUAGGGAUAUACAGCCGCAGCCUGUUGGAAGAGUUGCAGGAGAGAGUGUUAUGAAGAUACUGAUGCAGAAGGUACGGUCUCUGGAUGUGAAUUUGUCGAUAUUGGAACGGUACUUACAAGAGCUAAACACGAGAUACGGGGAUCUCUUUAAAGAAUUAGAUGAAGAAGUUGCGCAGACGGCCAUGCUCUUGGAGAAGAUGAGAUUGGAUGUGAUGAGUCUUAUUGAAAACAAGGAGGAAACAGUGAAAGAUGUAGCUGAUUUAGUUUCGUGGAAAUCCCUUGUUUCCUCGCAAUUCGAUAUCCUGAGCAGGGAAAACGAAAUUCUCAGAUCCCAAAUGGAAAGGGUCACGGACUUUUGGGUGGAUCUGGAGAACAAAAAUAUCGUCGUGCUUCUUCUAACAUUUAUGUUUGGUUCCUUCUCGGCUAUUAAGUUAGUUGCAGAUUUGACGGUAAAUACUUUUAGGAGGAAACAGAAUUUUGCAGAAUUUUGUAAGUCUAAGAUCUCAUGGAUCUUCUUCUUGUUGAAUUGUGCAACUGUGGCAUUAAUUCUUUUACUCUGACUACUUCGAAGAGCUGCCUACUUGUAGAAAUGUCUAUACAAAGGAUAUAUGCUUCAUUUUGCUACUUCGUGAUAUCGAAUUCUUACAGAUAA